AUGAUCCAAGAAGUUUAUAGCCAGAUUUUGAGGGAAGGUUUAUUGAAAGGACCAGCCGGGUCCCCAGUAGCUCAGUGUACUGCCUUUGGCUGGAUAGUGUCUGGAACAGUGCGCGCCGCGGGAGUAGAUAAUCAAAUAUCCGUUUUCCAUACACAGGUGGAGGACAAUGAAAUAAUAAAAAGAUUUUGGGAAUUGGAAAAUGAGCCUUUAUUAAGUUCACAGAUUUUAACAAAAGAAGAACAGAGGUGUGAAGACUUGUUCUCAGCCACGACGCGUAGAGAUGAAACUGGAAGGUACGUCGUGAAGUUGCCAUUUCGCGAUGAGGAGUCGACCUGGAACAAUGGGAACUCUCGUGAGAUAGCAAUAAAAAGGUUAAAAGCAUUAGAAAGAAAGUUCACAAAAGAUAAGGUACUAAAGGAGAGAUAUACGGAAGUGAUAAAUGAAUACUUACAGUUAGGUCAUAUGGUGCCUGUACCAAAUCAAGAGAUUAGUAAACAAAGAUCAGCUUACCUGCCACAUCAUGCAGUCGUCAGAGAGGAUAAGAUAACCACAAAGGUCAGGGUGGUAUUCGAUGCGUCCUGCAAAAAUGAAGACGGCGUGUCAUUGAAUGACAACUUGAUGGUUGGGCCUACACUGCAGCCAGACCUGCGACAUUUGAUCAUGAGUUGGAGGAAACAUCCAGUAUGUUUAAUUGCUGACAUCGUUAAGAUGUACCGAAUGGUGAGAGUAGCAGAAGAAGAUUGCGAUUUUCAACGCAUAGUGUGGAGAAGUUCGCCGGAAAAUGAUAUACGGGACUACAAGUUACUUACUGUCACGUUCGGCACAGCUUCAGCGCCUUAUUUAGCAGUCAGAAGUUUAAAUCAAGUCGCCACAGAUCAUAAAGAAGAGUACCCAAUGGCAUCAGAGAAAGUCGCAAGGGAGUUUUAUAUGGAUGAUCUGAUGACCGGGUGCGAGACCAUAGAGGAGGGUACAAGAUUAUAUCAGGAGAUGAAGGAACUAUUAAAGAAAGGUGGAUUCAUUCUACAAAAGUGGUCAAGUAACAAAGAUGAAUUACUACAGAUAAUAGAUGACUCAGGAAAUGGAGAAAAUAACAAGCAGGACAAAGCUUUAGAAUUUAAACAGGACAACAUAGUAAAGAUAUUAGGACUCACCUGGAAUAGAAGUCGCGAUGAAUUUCAAUACUCGGUGAAGCUGCCUCCGUUGUCAGCACCUGUAACAAAAAGAAAAAUUAUAUCCGACGUUUCGCGGUUAUUCGACCCCCUGGGGUGGAUAGCUCCGUGCGUAAUAAAAGCUAAGAUAUUCAUUCAGCGAUUGUGGAUAGCAGGGACAGAAUGGGAUGAGGAACCACCAUCAAGCAUCUUAGAAGAUUGGUAUACUUACCGCAAUGAACUGGCUCAACUUACUAACUUCAGUAUUCCGCGGUGGAUGUUCACAAAGGCAGAUGACGUCGUCACCGAAUUGCAUGGCUUCUCGGACGCAUCCAAUGUCGCCUAUUCUGCGGUUGUUUAUUUGCGCGUUAUAAACGCAAAUUCAGACGUCCAUGUCGUCCUAGUUAGCGCUAAAACCAGAGUGUCACCCGUUCGGCAAGUCAGCAUUCCACGUUUGGAGCUCUGUGGUGCUGCCCUGCUGACUAAGCUGUUGGUUGAGGUAGCUGGGGUUUUGAAUAUUCCCAGGGACCGAUAUAAGAGCUUGGACUGA